GAACCCGCAGUAAGGAACCCGUAACAAGAAUCCGCUGAGGAGAGAACCACAAAACCACCAAUGGCGCCCACCAAGAAAAAGGGCAACUCCAGCGCCCGCUGCCGCAAAAUGGAGGCGUUCCUCCAAGACUUCGACAGAGAAGUGGAGCGGCGGCUGAAGCGGAUCGAGGCGGACGGGGAGCGCAUGGUGCAAGAAGUGGAGCACGCGUACGACAUGGCCAUCCUGCGGCUGCCGGCCGCCAUCCGCGACAUGAACUGGCUGGAGUUCUUCGCAAGAGGUGAAAACACACCGGAGGACAUGGCUAAGGCAGACACAGAAAUAACGAAAAUCCGCAGGCUGAGCGCAGAUAUCGUCGAUCCCCUGUUGGAUAUUGCUGAGAAGGUGAGUAGAAUCAAAAGGAGUGUUGAAGGUGAUGAGGAAGCAGAGCCUCCAUCACUUCCACAGCAGAAGAGAUCUCGACUUGCCAGCCAGUGUCCUUCAGAGGCUGAGAGUGGGGAUGCAAGGACUGGCAAGGUGAAGGCAUCCGCCAAAAAACCACGUGUGGCCAGGAGACCUCCCUCAGCGAGAGUGAAGGGCAUGAACAAGAGAUCAAGCAAAAACAGCUUCAUCACUCCAGCUUCUGGCAGAAUGGUUGAUAUGUGUGCUCAGGGAGGCACCUCCAUGGUUACACCCAGAUUUGAUCCCAGGAUGUUCAAGACGCCGGGGCUGCGCACUCCCGCCAUCAACGAGCGUGUUUACACCUUCUCUGCCAAGGGCAGCCCCCUGGCCGAGCCUGAGGAUGUCAUCCUCACCCUGCCCCUCGGUGGGGGAGAGAGCAUACGUUUGACAGAAAAGGAUCUGACCAAGAAGAAUUUCCUUCAGCUGAACCCCAAGGCCCAAGGGCUCAUGCAGAAGCUGUCAGUUUGUCUCACACAGGCUUGCAAUGGGGCAAAAUUGCCCCUGGAUGGAAGUCAGUGAGCAAGACAUCCCUCUGUAGUUCUUGUUUUUAUUUGUAUAUUCCUUUGAUUGUUAUACAGAAUGGAAGCUAAAAACUGGUUAUUUUAUCUAUGGUGUGUAAUGGGAGAAAAAUGAAUGGAACUUUG